AUGAGUCCUCUGAAAGGCAAAUGGGAGAAAUGGGCGGAGAAAAAUGUGGAGGGUGAAUUAUUUGUGACAAGAGUGGGACGUUCUUACGCUGACUUCCACGGUGUCUCAUACUUCGACCGAUCUCGUAAUCGGGAAAUCAUCCUAUUGAGCGACGCACCGAUACUUCCUGGAGCCAUCUCGAAGACCGAAAUAUUCGGACUCCCUUGUCCGCGACACUUACAUUUCGCAGAAGUACCCCAGAAUAAGACACCGCGACCCGCCAAAGCGUCGUCAUGGCUGUACUUGACUAAGGACCCAACUCCUGGGGAUGUGGGCAUGCAAGCAAGGCGUCCUCAUGCGGAGGAUCUUCCUUUCAAGGACGAAUUCAGGACUGGCGCGUCUACUCAACCAUCACCACCACCCAGCCCUGGUAAUCCAGCGCCACCGCCUCUCCCUUUGCUCUUCAAUCCUCUCGACUCCCCGGAGAUUGGGGGCGUUCCAGAUAGCGAGCGCCCUGUUUCUCCCGUGGACUCCUUGUUGGGAUCCCCCCCGGAAGUAGAUUGGGGCACAGACCUUGACGAGCCAAUGGGACCGCACAUACCAUCCGAGGCUGCUGAAGACGUAGAGAUGGGUACUGUGGACCUGGGAGACGUGCCCUCUCCUCUUCGGAGCCUUCCUAAGUCACCGACAGUCCCACCCCCUACUGUAUCCGUUCCCAAACAGCCUUCGCCAACUCCCUCCCCAAGACAUCGAGCCGCCUUCGAACCCUCAACGAGUGCGCCCGCACCUGGUGCCCCUCGCUGGAGCCCUUCUCGACGUGGCGGUCGUAAGCAUGCGCGUCCGUUAUCUCGCUCUCCAACUCCUCCCCGAAGGAGAGGAGAUUCUUACCGUCCUCGACCAUCCCACAAUGUUCGGGAAAGCAACCGUCCCCGCUUCCAACCGCCGACGCCCACUCCUAACGCUUGGUCUACAAGCAAUAACCCUUCCAGCCCUUGGGUGCAGUUGCCUAACGCAAACCCUUGGUCAGCUCCCAACACGUUCUCCGCUGGUUUAAACCCGACACCGUGGGGCCCCCCUCCUGGUUAUAUGCCUUGGGGUAUGAACCCAUCAGCCCCUCCGCCGUGGUCCGUUCAUUACCCUGGUUACUAUCCCUCAGAGCAUGCUUCACUAUCGGGUUGGCCCCCUCUGGGAUUUCCUAUGAUGCCGCAACACAACUGCGCCUCCUGUCAUAAUUGCGCCUCUUGUGGUCGUCCUUCAACGUCGACUGGAGAAGGGAACUCGUCUCAGCAUCCUUCUGCACCGAUAGCGCCAUCAUUAUUAGGUCGUCUCCGAUCGCCAUCCGCGGUAGACUCGCUUCGCAUCGAACCAGUUCCCUUAGCGCAACGAUUACGGGAUCCAACGCCUUUAGUCGAGCGUUUACAACCACCUGCCGCUUCCUUAAUACAGCGAAUUCAAGGGCCACCUAUGGAAUUCGUUCAAGGGUCCUCUUCCAGGCCUCUACAAAGCAUUCCGCCAGUACCACUGCAACAACGGCUGGCUGUGAACUUGGAAGACGGGGAAGACGAUUUUCCAGAGGAGGAUAGGCCCACACCCACUAGUCGUGCACGAAGGAGUCGUAGAUCAGGCAGGAAGCAGCAUGAGGAGGACCAGCGAAGGAUCGAGGAAGGCAAGAAACCGGCAGGAAAGGGCAAGAGGAGGGAUCGGCGACGCUCGCGUGAACCGUGUCCGAUGUCCACUGCUGGUAAGACCAAAGGGAUACGAGAGCCCGCACUCUGGGUUAAGGAGUAUCUGCCUAGGAUUGCUAGGCAACCGAGGAGACGAGCGCACUUCAAGAGUCGCGUUCUCUCCUCUUAUAUAUUCUUCAAGUCUAUUCUACGACAUCACUACUACGGUACCACGAGACUCUCAUCGCACGAAGUCCCCAGUUCUGACCGUUUCGCCUCCAACAAGACGAUUGACCUGGUGAACGAGCUCUCCGCCCCGCGACAAACACAAGUCUCUGGAAUAGGAGACUACAAGUGCCAAGUCACCUCGGAGCGGCUCGACGAGGUUGAGAAGGAGUCGAGGAGAGGCUGCGACUUGAAUAGGAUGCAAGCUGAGAUUGCGCUCGGCGGGUUGGAGAAGGCUUCCAAGGCUUCUUUGCCCCUGGCGAAUUUCAUAGUUACAGAUAGUCAUUAA